GAGCAGUUUCAAAUAUGUUCUUGACUAGAUGGCAAAAGAGAUUAUUCUUAAAAAAGUUGAAUCGUUGGUCGAUUAGCCUCAGCAGUUGUGAUUGUAUCCGUUCUCAUUCUACUAUAAAUCAUGAGUCUGUUCUUCCGACCCAAGCACAAGUUGUGAUAUGUGGUACAGGGGUUGUGGCCAAUUCUCUGGCCUAUCAUUUAGUGGAAAAUGGUUGGUCAGAUAUUGUACUCAUUGACCAGGGAAAGCCAUGUGGAGGGACAUCACAUUUUGGUUCUGGAACUUUGGGCUUAUUCAAACCGAUUGCUGAACGCAAUAUAAUUAUGUACAGUAUUAAGUUAUACAGGCAGUUAGAAGCUAAGGGGUAUGAUAUUGGUUUAAAACAAUGUGGUAGUUUAAAUUUAGCACAAACUAAAGACAGAAUGAUAGCACUAAAAAGGAGGAUUGCAUAUAGUUCGCCUACUGGAUUGCACUGCGAGAUGCUGGGAAAAAAUGAACUGAAAAGAUUACAUCCAUUUUUAAAUACUGAUGAUUUAGAAGGUGGAGUAUGGGUCCCUGAAGAUGGAGUGGCAGACCCUCAAGCUAUAUGCAAAUCAUUAGCUAAAUUAGCUUCUGAAGGUGGGGCUCAUUAUGUUACUAACUGUCAUAUUCAGAAAGUUGUAACUGAAGAAGAUCGAAUUAAGGGUGUUGAUACUAGUCGAGGGUUUAUCUAUUGUGAAUAUUUUGUGAACUGYGCUGGAAUGUGGGCAAGAGAAGUAGGAAAUUUAUGUUCUCCUAAGGUUAGAGUGCCUGUAUACCCAGCUGAACACUUUUACGUUACAACUAGUCCGUUGCCUGGAAUAGGUGUCGAUUUACCAUGUAUUAGAGAUUUUGAUUCUCAUAUUUAUGCCAGAGAAUAUAAUUCUGGAUUCCUAGUUGGCGGAUUUGAAAAAACUGCUAAGCCUGCUUUUCUUAAUAUGAAGUUAAUACCACCUGAUUGGAAAAAAGAUAUGCCUUUAGAUUGGAACCAUUUUAUGCCAUAUUGGGAAAAAGCAAUAUCUCGAAUUCCAAUUCUUAAAGAUGCUGUUUAUCCAACGUUGGCAAACUCUCCAGAUACAUUUACACCAAAUGGAAAAUGGAUUUUGGGAGAAACACCAGAAGUAAAUUAUUUUAUAAUGUUUAAUUAA